GAGGGGUCCACAGAGGAUGCUUCAGCUUCUCUCUUUUUUCUUUUCACAUUAUUGUGUCUGUUUUUGACUUUAAAAUUAUUUUCUGCAACACACUCCGAGCCUUUUAGAGAAACUUCCCAGUUAAACCCAUAGAAAAUUGCAGAGGUUAGUCUCUGCUGUCCAAGCUAAUGCUAACAGCUAAUUGCAGGUCAGUCUGUCCUUCUUCUACUGUAUACAAAAAGAAAAUGGAGUAAAAGUUGGAAGCCCAACUUUCUCUCAACAGAGAUUACCAUUAAACAACAUCACGAUGUGAGUAUCAUGACUGGAAUUACAUUUCUGGUCAGUUAUCAGAGUGCCUACCCCUUGAUGGGAAGAGCAAACAAAUGUGAUUUGCUCCCUCAGAGCCACAGAAUGUUCCAGUGACUCAUGCUAUGGUAAUAUAGUCCAACGCUCUGCGCCAACCGUCUGCAUGGGGACAGAGGGGAGUCCCACUACACACGCAUGCAUAAAUGCAGAAAUAUGGUUGACAGAAGACCCGGAGGAGGAUACAGCAGGAAUGUGACUGAGGCGCUUCUUCUGAAAAACAUCUGCCUGGGGGACUCCUCCCUCAUCCUCUCUUGGUGGUUCCUUCUGGCUCUGCACAAGUGUGUGACGCCCCGCUGUGUGUUGCUGCCCGGGGAAUGCUCAGCGGACAGGUAAACGAGGACUGAUCACAAUGAGCAGCCAGGACAAAUGGGUCACACUGACCCCAGCUGAAUUCGCCCUGCUACAAGAAUACACUCAGUACUCAACCAAGAAGCUGAAGGAUGUGCUUCAGGAGUUCCAUGGAGAUGGUGUGUUAGCUAAAUACAAUCCAGAGGAGACACAGGAUAUCCUCAGCCAGGAGAUUGACUUUGAGGGCUUCAAGGUCUUCAUGCAGACAUUCCUGGAGAGCGAACUCUCCGAAGAGUUCUGUCAACAUCUCUUCAUGACGUUUAGCAACAAGGGACCCAAACCCAGCCCCUCUUCUUCUGAGAAACCCAGAAUCUCUGGGCUGAAGCUGAUCAAAGGCAACGCGACCCCUCUGAAGACGGCUGCACUGCCCCAGCCUCUGGACACGGUGCAGCUAAAGGACAUUGUGUGUUACCUGUCGCUGCUGGAGGGCGGGCGUCCUGAGGACAAGCUUGAGUUUAUGUUUCGCCUCUAUGACACUGAUGGAAACGGGUCUUUGGACAGCUCGGAGCUGGAGCACAUUAUCUCCCAGAUGAUGCAUGUAGCCGAGUACCUGGAAUGGGAUGUGACCGAGCUGAAACCAAUCCUCCAAGAUAUGAUGCGGGAGAUCGACUACGAUCACGAUGGUACAGUGUCACUGGGGGAGUGGAUCCAGGGAGGCAUGACCACCAUCCCACUGCUGGUCUUGCUGGGCCUGGAGACGAAUGUUAAAGAUGACGGGCAACAUGUGUGGAGACUGAAGCACUUCAACAAGCCGGCCUACUGUAACCUGUGUCUCAACAUGCUAAUUGGACUAGGGAAGCAGGGACUGUGCUGCUCAUUUUGCAAGUACACAGUCCAUGAGCGCUGUGUGGCUCGGGCUCCACCGUCUUGCAUCAAAACCUAUGUCAAGUCCAAGAAAAACACAGAGGUAAUGCAUCAUUUCUGGGUGGAAGGGAACUGCCCCACCAAGUGUGACAAGUGUCACAAAACCGUUAAGUGUUACCAGGGCCUGACUGGGCUCCACUGUGUGUGGUGUCAAAUCACGCUCCAUAACAAGUGUGCCUCCCAUUUGAAACCUGAGUGUGACUGUGGACCCCUGAAGGAUCACAUCCUGCCCCCAAACUCAAUCUGCCCCGUCGUCCUGGAAAGGCAAUCGACGCUCAGGAAAGACUCCCGGUCCAGCCAGUCGAGCCGGGGGAAGAUGCAGCGAGCCAACUCGGUCACAGUGGAUGGCCAAGGACUGCAGAUCACAACAAUAGAGGGCACUCAUCCUCUGUUAGUGUUUGUCAAUCCGAAGAGCGGGGGGAAGCAAGGAGAGAGGAUUUACAGAAAGUUCCAGUAUCUUCUGAACCCGAGACAAGUGUACAACCUGGCCAAGAAUGGACCCAUGCCAGGGCUGAACUUCUUCAGAGAUGUUCCAGAUUUCAGAGUGCUGGCCUGCGGAGGGGACGGCACUGUGGGCUGGAUCCUGGACUUCAUAGAUAAGGCCAACCUGGACAGGAACCCCCCCGUGUGUAUACUUCCUCUUGGCACGGGCAACGACCUGGCAAGAUGUCUGCGAUGGGGAGGAGGCUAUGAGGGCGAGAGCCUACUGAAGAUCAUGCGCGACAUCGAGAACAGUUCGGAGGUGAUGCUGGAUCGCUGGAAGUUUGAAGUCACAGCCACAGACAAGGAGGAGCGAGGGGACCCGGUGCCUUACAAUAUCGUCAACAACUACUUUUCCAUUGGAGUGGAUGCAUCCAUUGCCCAUCGUUUCCAUGUUAUGAGAGAGAAGCAUCCGGAGAAGUUCAACAGCAGAACAAAGAAUAAGCUGUGGUACUUUGAGUUCGGCACUUCGGAGACCUUUUCGGCCACAUGUAAGAAGCUCCACGACUUUCUGGAGGUUGAGUGUGAUGGUGUCACUCUGGACCUCAGCAACAUCUCCUUGGAAGGCAUUGCCAUUCUUAACAUUCCCAGCAUGCACGGCGGCUCCAACCUUUGGGGCGAAAGCAAGAAGAGGAAGGGUUACCGCAAGGGGGGCAAAAAGAGCCAAGACAAGAGGACACCAGUGCUCGACCCCAAGGAGCUCAUGUUUGCUGUUCAAGACCUGUCUGACCAGCUGCUGGAGGUAGUGGGGCUAGAAGGAGCCAUGGAGAUGGGUCAGAUCUACACCGGCCUGAAGAGCGCUGGGAGACGCCUGGCACAGUGCUCCUCCGUGACCAUCAGAACCAGUAAAUCCCUCCCCAUGCAGAUUGAUGGGGAACCUUGGAUGCAGACUCCCUGCACUAUUGAGAUCGUCCACAAGAACCAGGCUCCCAUGUUGAUGGGAGCGCCACAAUGCCGAAGCUUUUUCUCCUCCGUCAUCAGACGAACACGCAGCGAGAGCAAAGACUGAUCGGUUCAAGGCCUUUUUGAGUCCUCACAAGCACCUGGAGAGCAACACGCCACAAGUUGAUCAUCACAGCCCGUUAAUGAAGGGGGGGCGGUCUUUGAUGCCUGUUUGACAGCCCAGCGCAAAGUAGCAAACUGUAGGUUCAGUAUGUGCAGCAUGGAGACGUCACUGAGUAGCCCUUAUUUAAUGCCGAAUAAGGUGUGUUAAGGAAUGAUGCUUCAGUAGGCAGUGUGUAGAGUAGUUUAGCUCCAAAAAUACUGAGGCUAUUUCGGGAAGUCAAAUUUGAUAAAAGUCUGUUUUUAUUUUUGCUGUUGUGAUCUGUGCCAUGUGGGGGGGGGACACACACACAGAUGAAUGUGUUUUUUGGGGAUAUGAUGUAUUUGUUUAUUCAUAUUUUGCUGCUAUUGAUGUUUUUUAACAUAUUUUUGCAUUUGCCUCCUCCCUGAUGCAUGAUGGACAGUGAAAAAGGUUGCUGCUGUUGAAGCUGACAUAUCUGGAGCUUGCAGACGAUCUUAGCCAAGCGUUUAGUAAGAAGUGAAGUUUCUUUGCUCAGCAUUUCUUCAGCGCUUCACUCAUGAAUGGCUUCACGUUGUGAAAAGACAAAGAAUCACUUUUGCUUUCUCUUAAUGGUUCCUGCAAGUCCUCCUUGUCAUGUUUUUGAUCUGCUGUAUUGCUGUACCGUCAGUGGAAAGAUUAGGAAUGAUUAUUGAUCUUCAUAAAAAAACUGCAUGACACUCUUUGUUUUAUGCCACACAAGAGAUUUCCAGACAGUUUAAACAAUUGUGGGCACACUUUGUGUUGCAUGAGUGACCAAGAUCUGUUUUGAUACUUGUGGAAUUGAUCUAAAGAGCUGCUCGGUUUAACCAUAUCAUACUUUAUAAGAUGGCUGCAUUUUUAUGAGAUCCUGUUUUUUUUUAACAGGUACUCAUGUACUUUUAAAGUAAAAAAGAAAAAAAAAUUAAAGAAAAGAAAAACUAAGGCAACAGAAAAGAGCCUAGUGUUUAAUCAUACUGUAUGUUGGUACUGUGACUGUAGAGUUGGAUAUUCACAAGAAGCAGUUUGACCUCCUCUGGUCAUUGAUUUGUUCUGAUGUCUGCGGUUGAGUGUUUACAGUCCGCUGCGUAUAAAAGCGUGCAUUGACCAAUUAAGGUCUAAAUACAAAAUGACUAUUGACAUUUAUAGUACAAGCUUCAUUUAAAGAAUCAAUACUGAAAAUCAAUCCCAUCCAAUAAUUACAGUUUUCAGAGGCAUUUUACAGCAACUGACUUGCACUUGCCAUCUAUAAAUUAUUUAUAAAUGCACUUUUCAUUCUUAUUUCAUUUGAGUCUCCUGUUGUACGACAUUAUUCUGGGUGGUAAUGGUAAUGAUUCGGUAGGCUACAUUUCUGCAUUUUAGUAGUAUUUAUCUCAUUCAGUCUCACCAAAGACAAAUUUCGGUUGAUUUGUUACAGAUCUACCAGCGUGACCAACCCCUGAUAAAUGUGUUCUUAUUAACUGAAUUGCACGGCUGCUUCAGUCUUUAAAAGUGCCAUACACCAGGGGAGACUGGGGCGAGUUCUCCCAUCUCGUUGUUUUGUACGGUGCUGCAUUUGUACAGUGAGGUUGUAUUUUUGUACAUAGUAUUUAUUUAUUUGUCCGCUUACUGCUUUCACUCUAGAACUCACUCCAUGUUGUUCUGUUUAAAAAACUAUUCUGCCUAACAAUGUUAACUGGGAAAAGUGAUAAUAGAAAUGAUAAUAA